AAUAACGAUCCAGAAACCAUAUUCAUAGACUUAAUAAAUAAUUAUGAAGAGCUUACAGCCGAAUUUAAGCGUUUAAAUCCAAAAUUAAUUGAUUUUUUUCGCCAUAACCCAAAACUAAUAAAAAUACUAAUCGAAUAUAUCACUAUAGAAUCUCCCGACCCGUCUAAUCACGAUCGCGGUUAUAAAUUUCCUUUAGGAGCAAAUGAAGUAUUUAAUUGCGAAGUUCCGACGAUGAUGUUAUCAUUUUUUUAAAGUCAAAGAUUAACUGCCGCCUGUGAAGAAGAAAAUGUUUGCAAAAAAAAAUAUAAUUGGCCUAAUAUGAAUAAAUUAUUUGAGUUUAUUGAAAAUAAAAUAAAUAUUAAUGAAGUUUUAUCAAAUUAUUUUAUGAAUUUAAUUUUAAAUUUAUUAAAAACAAAAUAAAAUUCGAUGAUUGAAUAUUUAAUUUUAUAAGAGGAUGUUUUGGAAAAUAUAAUGAAACAUAUUUAUAAUGACUCUAUUUUGAUUAUUGCAAGAAAUGCUUUUUUGGUAGAAAAUGCUAAAUAAGGUAAAUAAGGUGCACUUUUAGUUUCGAGGAUUUAAGAGAGGAAAAUAGAAAUUAUAGAAAAGGAAAUUUUUAAUUUCUAAGAAAUGUAAGAUGAUUAAGUUUUGAAUUUCUCGAGUCUUAUAUGUGAGAUUAUUGGAAAAUAUUUCAUUAUUGUGGAUGGGUAGUAGUUGAUUGACUUAAUAACUUCUAAUAAAAUAAUUUUAUAGAUUUUUGAGAUGUUUUUAAAGGGGAAAAAAAUUGUUAGAAAAUGUUGCUUGGACAUUAUUAGAGCUGUUUGUGUUUAUUAUGGGGAUUCUUCUGCUAAUUUCAUGAAGAGUUACUAGGAAGGAUCGGAGCAUUAUGAGAUUAUGCUUGUUUAAUUUGAAGAAAUGUAAUUUUUUUAAAGCUUGAAGAAUCAUUUUGGGGAAUUUUAGAAGAUUUUGGAAUUAAAAGAAGAGGAAAAAUAUUGCGGGGUGGAAAGACUGAAAAUUAUAGAAAUUUAUUAAGCAAUUGUAUUUAUUUAAUUUCCUUUUGUGAGUAGUGUUUUGAAAGAAAAUGGGGGAUUUGGGAAAAUUUGGGAAGUUUUUUUUAAGUUUUAAUGGAAUAAUAUUAUGUAGUUAAAAGUUUUGGAGUUUUUAAGAGGGAUUUUAGAAAAUUUGGAUAAAAAUAAAUACCUAAAAGAGUAUUUAAGGGAGAUUCAGGAAAAAAGUAGAUUAGUUGAUUUUAUGAUUGAAAAUACACAAAGUUUAUAAUUUGUAUUUAAUAAAGAGAGGAAAAUAAAUAAGGGAUUUUUAGGAAAUGUUGUCAGAAUGGGGGAAAUGCUUGAUAGAUUUUUUAUUAAAUGUAGAGAGUAAAGUACUAAUACGGAGUUUUUGGGAUAUAGGAAUGGAAAAUGGAUAAGUUUUAUGGAAAAUUUAGACCUUUUGAGGGAAAAAGGAUGCAGGGAUUUGGGAAAAUUUGAAGAUUUUUUGGAUGGUGUAGGAAUCGGAAAUGUAGAUAACUAGGAAGAUGAAAUGGCAAUUUAUAAAGAAUAUGAAAGGUAGUAAAUGAGCUAGAAAAUGAGGUAGAAAGCUAGUUAUAAAGAGUAAGUUUUGUUAAAAAAGUACUUUUUGUUGAAAGUUUAGGUUGGAGGAGGGAAUAAUUAAUGUUGUAUUGAAAAAGAUAAAGAUGAGUAGGUGAAAUUGGAUGAGGAAAAGAUGAAAAAAGAAGAAGAAUAGAAAAAAGUAGAAAAAUUAGUUAAAUAAAACGAUUAUGAGAAACAAAAGAAAAAAGAAGAAGAGGAAAAAUUAAAAAAGGAAGAAGAAGAAAGAUUAAUAAAAGAAUAAGAAGAAUAAGAAGAAAUAUUAAAAAAAGAAGAAGAAAGGAAAAAAGAAGAAUAAGAAAGAUUAAAAUAAGUAGAAGAAAAAUUAAAAAGAGAAGAAGAAUAAAAAUUAAAAGAAGAAGAGGAAAAAAGAAACAAAGAAGAAAAAUAAUUAUAAGAAGAAUUAUUAUUAUAGGAAUAAGAAUAGUAAAGAAAGUAAGAAGAAUUAGAAAUAUAAAUAAAGCAAGAAUAAGAUUAAUAAAAACUAGAAUAAUUAUUAAAAUAAUAAUAAUAAGAAGAAGAAGAAUUCAAGUUUAAGAAAUAAUAAGAAGAAAUUCAGAAAAUAUUAGAUGAAGUAAGAAAUAAAUAAGAAAAAGAAAAAUAAAUAUAACUAGAAGAGGAAGAAAGAUUAAAAAAAGAUGAAGAAGAAGAAAAAAAAAGAUUAAAAAAAAAAUAAGAAGAAGAGGAAAGAAAAUAAAAAGAAGAAUAAGAAAGAUUAAAAAAAGAAGAUGAUAACAAAAGAAAAUAAAAAUAAGAAGAAGAAGAAACAUUAAAAUAAUAAUAGGAAUAAGAAGAAGAAAAAAAAAAAAAAUAAGAAGAAGAAGAAAAAAGAUUCCAGGAAAAAUACCGAUAAUAACUAGAAAUAGAAGAAUAACUUCGCCAACAACAAUAAUAAGAAGAAAAAGAAAAUAGAAAAGAUAACAAAAAUGACACCGAGUAAGAAAAAAAAAACUCAGAGGAAGUAAAUGAGGACGAAUAUAAUUUAGAUGAUGAAGAAGAAGACUAAAACAGAUAAUAAAUGAUAAACAAAUUAAAGGAAAAACUAAUUACUUAAGAAGAAAAAAACCAAAAAUUAAAAAAUAUUGACUUAUCAAUGGCAUCUUAAGAAUAAUAAUAUAAAGGUUUUAAAAAAUAAUAAUAAUUCAAAUUUUAAGAUGAAAAAGAAGAGGAACUUAUUUUCAAUCAUAAAUAGAAAAAAUAGGAAAAAGGUUUUUUGAAAAAAAAGAAUUAAUUUAAAGGCUUUAUGAGGUAGGAAAAUGCUAUUAUUUAAUUAGAAGAGGAUUACUCGCCUUCGAAUAAAAAUCAAAAAUAAUUAACUUAUGAAGAAAUAUAGGAGUAAAUAGAUGAAAUAAAGUAAAAAUAUGAUAAAGUAUAUGAAGAAAAUUGCAAAUUUUUAGACUAAGAUUUGAAAAAUAAAUAGUUAAGGGAAAGUUACAAGGAUAUGUAAUAAAAUAACCUCGCUUAUUAUCAUGAUUAGUUUUUUAGGAUUUCUUAAGAAUAAAAAGUUGGGUAGGAAGAUAUUUAUUUGAAAAGAGAAAAAGAAAUGUUAUUAAUAAAAAUAUAAUUUUAGAUGGAAUAAAAGAUUUGGUAGACGAAAUAAUAUGAUUAGGGUAAAAUUUUAUAGUUAAUGGAUUGGUAAAAAAAUUUUUUGGAAAAUAUCUAAAAUCAAUACGUUGAUGUUGAAAAUUAAAUCAAAAUCUCAUUCUAAAAUUAAAUCAAAAAAUAACAUCAAAAAUAACUUGAAUUAAAUUUAAGAUUCGCCUUCAAAAAAAAAUCAUCAUUAAGCUUUUUAAAGGAAAGAAUCUAUUUCUAGAGGUAAUUCUAAAAAAUUGUCGUAUAUUGAAGCUGCGAAAGAUGAUCCUUAUGAUUAUUAAGCAAUGUCUUCUGGAAGAGAUAAAUCACCUAAACCUGGAAAGGGUAAUUCAGCAGAUUCCGAAUCACCGAUGAUUAAAAGAAUGGCUAGUAAUAUUAAUUGACUAUUUUUUAAUAUAUAGGUAAUUUUAAAAUAUUUGCAACACUGAUAUUUUAUUUAAAUUAUAAUGAUAUAUUAAACGGAUUAUAAAUUAUUGAAAGUUUGAUAAUAUUAAUCUUC